AUGGUUUUUAAAUCCUUGCGAGUUGCUGCUGCAGCAGCAAGAAAGGCGGCUGCACGCAUGCGUGCAGCUGGAGACAGUUCUUCGCAAGCCUCAGCAGUAGUUGAAUCGUCGCCUGUUGUUGUGAAUAGUCCACGUCGUGAGUCAACACAUGCGACAAUUACACCCGCUGUGUCUGCAGAGGGUGGGGCAAAUUGCCAAGCAGAUGAGUCUGAGACAGAGAUCAUCUUUUCUGGCGAGUCGGAUGAUGCAUCCGACUCAAAAGCGACACCACACGCCUCCGGAAAAUCCGGGGCGGAAACUUCAAGAGCUAGGUUGACUGGCUUUGGGAAGCGUGAUGGUAUCAUGCUCGAGAUCUUCGGACCGAGCGAUUGUUCCGACGAAGCCUCUUCUCACGCAAGCCCAUCCAACGAUAGGAUGCGUGGUGAUGUUGGUGAUUCCCUUAAGCAUUACCACGAACGAAGUGACUCGAAAGAUCGAGCUGCCACUGGUGUCAGUGCUCAUGCUGACACCAAUCAUGAGGCCAGGGACCGAGAUGUCCUGCACCACUCUUCGCAAGUGGAGUUUUCUUAA